AUUUCCCACAAUGCACUAGGAAUGCCUCUACGCGUGUGACGUUGUUUGGUAACAUAGGGAGGGUAUACGGUGCUAAACAGCCCAAAUCACAUGAACAACUGGGGAUAACGAACCCCCCAAAAUAUCCAACACAGAUUGAACCAUUGACAGGGUGACUAGUGCAAGUCCUCCUUGGCCAAAAGGAAGGAGCGGCACCAGGGACCAUGUCUGAAAAUGGCCCUCACACUGAGGCGCCGCUGUACUUCGAGGUAGAGGUGGACCCCUUGGAAGGGGGCGAUGAGGACGACGAAGACAAGCUCCACUUCGACAAGGGUGAACAUCUGAUGGCGGAGUCCUCGUCUUCCGGCGGCCGCGUGUACGACCGCACCACAGUGCUCAUUGAACGGGACCCCAUCCGGCUGGACGAGGAAGGCGAGGAGGAGGGCCACUGCGGUGGUGACGAAGAUGGCGUCACAUUCCUAACCGAAGGGGAAGGCGACGAGGAGGAUGGCUCGCUGGCCUUCAUGGCCGACCCCGACGCCAUGUCACAGGGCUACGUGCACCACACCAUCUCCCCUGACCAGAUCCAGUUCACCAUCAAUCCGGGCUCUACCCCUAUGCCACGCAACAUAGAGGGUGCUACCCUCACCCUGCACUCGGAGUGUCCGGAGACCAAGCAAACGGAGGUGAAACGCUACCAGUGCAUGUUUGAAGGCUGCACCCGGACGUACAGCACGGCGGGGAACCUGCGCACACACCAGAAGACCCAUCGUGGCGAGUACACUUUCGUGUGCAACCAGCAAGGCUGCGGCAAGGCCUUCCUCACUUCAUACAGCCUCAAGAUCCACGUCCGUGUGCAUACCAAGGAGAAGCCAUUCGAGUGCGAUGUGCAAGGCUGUGAGAAGGCCUUCAACACCCUGUACAGGCUAAAAGCACACCAGAGACUCCACACCGGUAAAACAUUCAACUGUGAAUCCGAAGGAUGCACAAAGUACUUUACCACUCUCAGUGACCUGAGGAAGCACAUUCGCACGCACACUGGAGAGAAGCCGUUCCGGUGUGACCACGACGGCUGCGGCAAAGCUUUUGCAGCAAGUCAUCACCUAAAAACCCAUGUACGGACCCACACAGGUGAAAAGCCUUUCAACUGUCCAAGUGACGGCUGCGAGAAGACGUUCAGUAGCCAGUACAGUUUGAAGAGUCAUAUUCGGGGUCACGAUAAGGGACAGCCAUUCAGCGUCACCCUCACUCACCCCCUGUCCGAAGAUGCAAAUCAUUCACUGUGCCUCAGUGACUUAAGUCUGAUCUCGACUGACUCUGAGCUUCGAGAGCAACUACACAAUGCACAGAAUUUGGACCUGAACAAUGUGACCCCAGUGAAAAUCUUUGAGCUCAUGUUCCAGAGUCCGGAAAAUAGCGUUAGCCAAGAUGAGGCCCCGCCUAGUGAGAGUCUUGCUGAGCGCUUUGGCCUCGAGACUCCCACCCCGCCGACAAUGACUGAAGCUUCAUCUCUGAUUUCUUACUCUCUCACAUCCACCUGCUCGUCCUCCUGCUCCCACACAGCCACUUUCAUGGAGGCUCCUCCUUCAUCUCAAGCCCUCGCGCCCGCUUCCGCUGCUGCCUCCUCCACUCAACCGCCCGCUUUCGUUCGCAUCUCCGACAGGCCCGUUCAGACUUCUGUCCAAGCGUCGAACCAUGUCGCCCCACAGCACUACGUCACACUGCCGUCGACAUUCCUUCAACGGGACGCCGUGGCCCAGCCUGGUCCUCCGCCUCCACAAAUCUCGGCAUCUGCUCCGGUGGCUCCAGUGCCAGGCGCUACACCAGCCACAUCUAUUGUUGCGAGCGCCGCCUCGGAUGCUAUGACAACUGUAGCUCAACCUGUGCCUUUGGCCAGUAAUACCGUAUCUGGUUCUUGCCCCGCUACCAUCACCAUUGCACCAACUCAGAACCUACUGCAGCCCGGCCUGGUUAUGUCCGACCAGAACCUUCAGUGGAUCCUGAGCAGCGCCGCCAACAGCCAGCAGAAUCCCGAACAAGCAUCACAAGGUGGUCCAAAAGUGGAGAAGGUGUUCUUCACUACAGCCAUACCAGUGGGUGGAAAUGCUGGGAGCUCAGUCCAACAGAUUGGUCUGAGCCUGCCCGUCAUCAUCAUCAAGCAGGAGGAGUCAUGUCAGUGUCACUGUGCCUGCAAGGACAUGACUAAAGACAAGAAUGCUGCCUCUGCGGCCUCCACCGCAGCACAACAGCAACCACCAGACACGACUCCUCCUCCUCCUCCUCCUCCUCCUCCGCAGCUCCAAGAGCCUUCAUGUCAUCCCGCUACCGCCUCUUCUUCUCCGUGCUGCCUCCCUGAGUCUUCCUCCAAGGUGGGUGAAGUCAAUCCCUCCUCAGCUCAGACGUUCCCCCAGUCGGCGUUGUCGUCCUCGCACGGGCUCGCCAAUAUGGACGUGUCAGACUUCCUCUCGCUGCAAAGCCCGGAGACUGCCGCCAACAUCGAAGCCCUGCUGCUUGUCACUGAUGACUUCAGCAUGGCCACCGAAGGCAAUCCUUAGACAAGUGUGUGUGUGUGUGUGAGACACACCUCGCCUCUCUCCUUAAAUAGUGUGCUUCGAACCUCCUGUACCUUCAGUGCAUUCUCCUCUCUGUGGCAUUGUGCGACAUACCUGCACAAACGUUUGAAUCUCUUUGCAGUAGUUGAGUUCACUGUUAACAGAUAGUAAUGACAAAUAAUGCAGGGAAAAUGCAGGUGUGUUUUUUUUUUGUUUUUUUUUUGGGGGGGGGGGGGGGGGG